ACUAAUUGUAAUUUCCCCCUUUCAUGAAACCUCCCGGCUGAGGCUCUAUAUAUUUCUUCUGUCAGCAUGCAGACAGAAAGUGGCAUUUGGAAUUUAAAUGUAGACAUUGAUAAUUCAAUAAGUGUGAAAAAAGUCAAUCAAUUAUGGUGGUGGAACUUAUGACACAUUCAACUCUUCAUCACUUUCUUAUUUAUCUUGCUUGUUAUUUUUUUUCUUCCCAAAACAUAUUAAUACAUUAUUAUAAGCCAGUAAAAAGGCACCACAGUUUGAUGUGAGCUCCACUCGAUGAUCGUUUAGUGAUGCCUUGAAUCCGUCAGGUCAGAGGUCAGGCCGCGCGCCUUCCAUCCUUCUGCUGUUGAGAAUGAGCAGUUUGUAACUAAAAGCAACAGACCGACUCAUGUGCAGGUUUCUCUAAAACAGACAAUCAAAGCUCGAAAGCACAGCAGCUUUUCUGGUUCCUCAUCAGGGAGCACGCUUAUUGUUUUCUUAUCGCUUAGCCUAGCUAGCCAGGUUAGCCACUUUAGCUGGAGAACUGGAGAAGAAGAAGCUACUUAGAUAGCUCAACCGCUAGCUAGCUAACCGAAAACGGAUAUUUCUUACUUUGAGGAGCACGAAAGACUCUCGCAGACAUGCAGGACCUCCUGGCCACCGUGGAUCACCUGAAGUUUGACCUGGAGCUGGCCAUGCAGCAGCAGCUCGGGGCUCAGCCUCUGCCUUUCCCCGGCAUGGACAAAUCCGGGUCUGCUGUGUGUGAGUUCUUCAUGAGAGCAGCUUGUGUGAAAGGUGGGAUGUGUCCGUUCCGUCACAUCAGCGGAGAGAAGACGGUGGUGUGUAAGCACUGGCUCAGAGGACUGUGUAAGAAAGGAGACCAGUGCGAGUUCCUCCACGAAUACGACAUGACCAAGAUGCCCGAAUGCUACUUCUACUCCAAAUUUGGUGAGUGUAGCAACAAAGAGUGUCCCUUCCUGCACAUCGACCCAGAGUCCAAGAUCAAAGACUGUCCCUGGUACGACCGAGGCUUCUGCAAACACGGUACGACCUGCUCACAAAACAUCCCUGCAUGCGGUGAGAAGGGCCACUAUGCCAACAAAUGCACUAAAGGACACCUCGCCUUCCUGAGUGGACAGUAA